CCACAGGAAUUCCCCCAUAUAAAUAAGGUCAUUGUCUUAUCAAUUAGUAACAUAUUUUCUCCUUUCAUAUUUUAGCAACAAUGGAAAGUCACUACAAUUGACCUAUUGUGAGUGAUAUUUAUUGUGAUACAUGAUAAUAUUGUAUUUAGGGUACCUCACAAUAUGUUACGAUAUGCGGUCCACAGUAUGAAGAUUCUUUGAUAAUCAAUAUAUUGAAAUUGUGUAGCGCAACGUUUGUUCUCUUGCUCAAAGAAACCCACGCUGUGGCUUAUGUGAUUAUGUUAUGAUGGUUAUGAUUUUUCAGACUCUCACAGGAAAAGAAAUAGAGAUCGACAUUGAGCCCACAGAUAAAGUGGAGCGAAUUAAAGAAAGGGUAGAGGAGAAGGAAGGGAUCCCCCCACAGCAACAAAGACUCAUCUACAGUGGAAAACAGAUGAAUGAUGAGAAGACAGCUGCAGACUACAAGAUCCAGGGAGGCUCAGUGCUCCAUCUCGUGUUGGCACUAAGAGGAGGAUCAGCGGUCAACAGUCCAGCCAGCACACGCCCUUUGUCCUUGUUAUGAGUCACCGCUAUCAUGUGGCCAGCUGAGUGCCAACAGUCGUGGUGUCCCGUCACCGUCUGACCAUGCUCCAACACGGAAAUUUGAAAUCCCAUGCUCCCCAGGCUGUCGCAAACAAACAAAAACAAGAACCAACACGAAAGGAUGUUCUUAUUCUAAUGUCUAUCUCUUUUUGUAAAAUUUCAUUGGCUUUCUGAGUUUGAUCAGUUGAUGCAGGCACCCAUGCAGUACAAGAGACAGUGUGAGAACUCUUUUUUUCCUUGUGAAUAAAUGCUGAAGUUAAUUUAA